ACUCGCCAGUCUGUAUAUUUUGUAGAUGAAGAUAUGCAGAUUAAUUUCUUUGGUUGGGGAUUAGUAUUCUGGAAAGCUGCACUCUGGAAAUUGGGUUGUAUCUUUUCAUUUGGUAUACUUUGGUUGAUCGGUCGAUGGAAGGUUGCAUGGAUGCUCAAAUCUCGAGGAAAAGAAACUUCUUUUUCCGAGGCUUCUCACCUCGUUAUCAAUACCAAUGGCGGAGAUGGUCACAUUGUUCGAUUAGAAACCUUGACGUUCAAUGAUCCACUUCCAUUGGUCACUGUCUUUCCACCCAGUCUGCGUACACCACCGGCUUGUCGCGAGCAGGCUACCACUGUACCGUCUCUCUGUAAAUCAGGCGGUGGAGCUUCCAAAACAACAAGCCCUCGAAUGUCAACUGUCACCUUGGCACAGUCCUGCGGCUCCUCGUCGACUUCUCCCGAAACCGUUCAGCUUACUCAGAUCAAGUAUUUCGAUUAUCGAUAUCACCGAUUCUUUCUUCAUCCUAUCACUAUGCAAUUUCGAAUGGCCCGAGACUGGCAAGACCCCUGUUGGUUGACUUCACUUUCGAAUCUUGCAAAGGGACUCGACUAUAAAGACAGUACGUCUAGGCGCCAAUUGUUUAGCGAGAAUGUUAUGGAAGUCAAAGGAAAGACUACGGCCCAACUGUUAGUGGACGAAGCCCUUCAUCCUUUCUAUUUAUUUCAAAUCGCUUCAAUCAUUCUAUGGUCAAUGGACGAUUACUACUAUUACGCGCUGUGUAUUGCAGCAAUCAGUAUCAGCAGCGUCCUGACGACUUUGUUCGAAACCAAGCGUAACCUCGCGCGUAUGCAAGAGCUGUCGCGUUUUACCUGUGAUGUCACGGUUUUGCGGGGUACUACAUGGGUGUCUGUGAAUUCGGUGGACCUUGUGCCGGGCGAUGUGAUCGACGUUUCAGAAGCUAGCCUGCACACCUUUCCAGCCGACUUACUUUUGUUAUCAGGUGAUGCAAUCGUCAAUGAGUCAAUGCUCACUGGAGAGUCUAUUCCGGUUUCAAAGCUUCCGGCUGCAGAGUCCACGCUCAAGGAGAUGAGUAACAUGGUCGGCGAUCCGUCUCCAACGUUGGCGAAGCAUAUCUUGUUUUGCGGCACAAAAAUCAUUCGGAUCAGGAAGGCUACUCGGACACGUCAAUCUGAUCCUACUCAUGUUGUCGAAGCUGCCAAAGCUAUGGUGAUUCGUACAGCCUUCAAUACCACUAAAGGUGCCUUGAUCCGAUCCAUGCUGUUUCCGAAACCCAUGGAUUUUGCAUUCUAUCGAGACUCGUUCCGGUUUAUUGGUGCUCUUGCAUUGAUCGCCGGUUUUGGAUUUGUGGGAAGUGCGAUAAAUUUCUUACAGAUGGGCAUCAAAUGGAGUACCAUCUUGAUCCGGGCUUUGGAUUUGAUCACAAUCGUCGUUCCACCCGCCUUACCAGCAACAAUGUCAAUCGGUACCUCUUUCUCUAUGGCACGUUUGAGGAAGCUGGGGAUAUUUUGUAUCUCACCCAACAGAGUCAACAUCGGUGGCAAAAUCAACUUGGUAUGUUUUGAUAAGACUGGUACAUUGACCGAAGAAGGUUUAGAUGUGCUCGGCGUUAGAACAGUCGAUCGUUCUCAUGGUGACUUUAGUGAACUGUACGAUGAGAUUGAAGACGUACCAAUCCUUGCGCCAGAUGAUAAGAAAACUCCUCUUAUGCACGCCUUGGCCACCUGUCAUGGGCUGAAAGUAGUCAAUGGACAAGUUUUGGGUGAUCCGCUGGAUCUAAAGAUGUUUCAGUUCACAAGGUGGUCAAUUGAAGAAGGUGAUCAAGGCUCGGCCCUUGCCGGUUUAAUGGCCGAACGACAGGCUGCACUUGUCCAGACGAUCGUUCGACCACCGGGUGGAACUAGUUUUGAAGUGGAAGAUGCGAUGAAAUCAACUCGGUUCUUGGAACUCGGUAUUAUUCGAACUUUUGACUUUGCUUCGGAGUUACGAAGAAUGAGUGUGCUCGUUAGGAAGCUGAAGUCUCCUAGCAUUGAAGCUUACGUCAAGGGUGCACCAGAGGCUAUGAUUGAUAUCUGCGAAAAGGACAGUUUACCCAAGGACUACGAAGAACUUUUAACCGACUACACUCGCAACGGUUAUCGUGUGAUCGCUGUGGCGGCCAAAUCGUAUCCUAAAUUAACUUGGCUCAAAGCUCAACGUCUGAGUCGAGCGGAUGUGGAAUCUGAUUUACGAUUUUUGGGGUUCAUUAUCUUUGAAAACAAGCUCAAACCAGGUACCGAGCCUUCGAUUCAUGUUCUAAGGAAUGCUCAUAUUGGGAUCAAGAUGUGCACUGGAGACAAUAUUCGUACAGGGAUUAGUGUUGGUAGAGAAUGUGGGAUGAUCUCUCCUUCUGCUCGAGUUUAUAUGCCAGUCUUUGCUUCUGGCUCGCAAGCCGUAGCGGGCUCAACGAUCAUGUGGUUCGAUAUUGAUACCGAGUCCAAAAGACUAGACCCCUAUACCCUCAGGCCUAUUCUCGAUAUGGACGACCACGAUGGCGACCAAAGCAUCUUGAGCUCUUGUUCCAGUGGUUCGACAGACUAUGUUCUCGCAGUCAGCGGUGACGUUUUCCGUUGGAUCAUGGACUAUGGAGCACUAGAAACUGUACAACGGAUGCUUUAUAAAACGGUGAUCUUUGCUAGGAUGUCACCAGACGAGAAACACGAGCUGGUGGAACGAUUACAAGGCUUGGAUUACACCGUUGGCUUUUGUGGUGAUGGGGCAAAUGAUUGCGGAGCUUUAAAGGCAGCUGACGUAGGCUUAUCGUUAUCGGAAGCUGAAGCAUCAGUAGCAGCGCCUUUUACGAGUCGACAACCUGAUAUCUCAUGUUUCAUUGAAGUGAUUCGUGAAGGGAGAUGUGCUCUUGUCACGAGUUUCUCUUGCUUCAAGUAUAUGGCAUUGUAUAGCUUAAUCCAGUUUACGACCAUCACUUUGCUAUACAGCUUGCCAUCUUCUUUGGGAGAUUUUCAAUUUCUUUACAUCGAUCUUUUCAUCAUCAUCCCUAUAGCCAUUGCCAUGGGACGCACUCAUCCCUAUGGUCGAGUGGUACCAAAGCGACCGACUGCGAAAUUAGUUUCAAAACGAGUUUUAGUUUCAAUGAUUGGUCAAGUAGCCAUUAACUCUACAAUCCAAGCUAUUUUGUUUUGGCGAGUUCGAUCUCAAGAAUGGUAUGAACCCCAAAUGCCUGAAGCAGGGGAACAUAAAUUACCUACAUCCAAUCCAGAAAACUCUACACUUUUUCUCGUUUCGAUUUUCCAGUAUGUGUUGGUUGCUGCUACAUUCUCAGUUGGACCUCCGUAUCGAAAGGAGAUGUUCACCAAUUCUCUCCUUGUGAUUUGUUUAGCAGGAUUAGGAGGGUUUUCGACUUACAUGUUAUUCGUCACAUCAGGAUGGUUUUAUGAUAUUUUACAAUUAGUACCACUUACACAUGAAUUCAGAUUAGAAUUAGCCUUAUGUGUGAUUGGAAAUGUAGUGAUGAGUAUUUGGUUUGAAAGUGUUGGAGUUCAACCGAUUGCUUUAUGGGUU